AUGCCUACGCAUCCUUCAGGCUUCGAAGGUGUGGCUGCAGAUAGGCGCAUGUCGAGUGCGAAUGAAGCCGCACUCAUGGCCCUUCCGACAGUUAUGUUGCGGCGUCUGCCGCGAAAUACAACUCUCGAGGCAGUACGUACGAUGCUAUUAUUCGCCAAAGAUUUACAAGACACCGAGAUCAUCCCGAACGAGUAUGAAGAGGAUGCUGGCUUCACCACCGCGGUGGCUCGAUUCGGCUCCAUGGCCGGGGCAACUGAAGCGCAAACCAUGCUUGAUGGCAAGCCUAACACCGCCGGGCAGGCCAAAAUGAUUGUGGAGAUGAUAAGAAGCCCAUCCAUGGCAGCGGUACCCCGACGCAACACCAUCGAUCCCCUAGCUGGCCGCAAAAUAGGCCAGUCGAUGUCUCCAUCCAUGGCCAACGCUCAGAAGUCCUCACGGUUCAACGGCACCUUCCAGUCCAUGGACAAGACAACAUCUCCGCCUCCUGUCGGGUCUCCGCCGGAACUCGUGUCGCCGGACACCAGUUCCCAGCUGCAGAUCAUCUUUUCGCCGAAAUCCCCGGUGCCGAGCGCCAUGGCGGAUCGCCCUCGAGCCAGCGGGAAGAAGGUGAUCAAUGAAGAUGGCGCAGAUGACGAUACGGGGGAGUUACUCAAGGAUCCCUUGGCGUAUAUGAAUAACUCCUCAACGAGCACCCCAGGCAAGAAGCCAACAAACCCCCACAUGCCUACUGCCGCGUUCUCGGCGCUCUCCCUUAAUACCAAUAUUGGCAACGGCGCAGCGUCCAAUUACGCAUCUCCUCGGUCUGCGAUCGGAUCUCGAACUCCUCACGCACAGUUUCCUAUCAUGGGACCUAACGGGCCAUACUCGAUUCCUUCUCAACCUUACCUACGACAUAACUAUCCCCCGGUCAACCCUGCCGACCAAAAUCCGCCCUGUAAUACUUUGUAUGUGGGCAACUUGCCCAUUGACACAUCGGAGGAUGAGCUCAAAGCCAUGUUUUCCAAGCAGCGCGGGUACAAAAGAUUGUGCUUCCGAACCAAACAGAACGGGCCAAUGUGUUUUGUGGAGUUCGAAGACAUUUCAUUCGCAACCAAGGCUCUGAAUGAACUGUACGGGGCGCAGCUUCACAACAGUGUCAAAGGGGGAAUCCGGUUGAGCUUCUCGAAGAAUCCGCUGGGAGUCCGUGCGGGUCAACCCGGGAGCAACAAUCCAAGCACGCCUCUCAGCGUGACUGGGCCGAUGAGCGUGAACGGGUUCAGCAAUGUCACGCCCGGUAGCUUUUCGACUGCCAACGGACCGCCGCCAGGUCUGUCAGCCCCGCCAGGACUCAACAUGUCCAUGGCUGCGAUGAACGGCGUUGGCGUUCCUCCGGGGACAUUUGUGAAUCAAGGAUUCCCGCUGGCAAACGGCCCGGCGCCGAAUAUGCGAGGGAUGCCGAUGAACAGUGCAGCACCGGGACCGGGAGCAGUUGGGGGCAUGUAUCCCGACUACAUGCUCGGGCGGUGA